CAUUCAACAAAAUAAUUCCAUAUGUUUCAACGAUUACAAAUACCAACUUUAUAACUCUUGAAACGUAGUAAUAACGAAGGAUAAAAUCAUUACAGAUAGUUUCAUCCGUAAUUUACGCUUAAAUUACACGUUGCGAGAGACAGUAAAUGUCUGAAUAUUUUUUUCAACGACAGUUAAGUGCUUUAAAUCACUUCGUAAGUAAUACAAUUUUCCUCUUGCUUCAAAAUAUAGAUAAAUUAAAUAAAAAUAGAACCAAUAUAGUCUGCAGACUAUAUCAAUUAUUUACACCAUGUUUUCUGAAUCUUUCUCUUCCAUAAAAUUUUUUUAAAAGUAGAGAUGUUAUCGAUACACUUUUUCUCCAAUUAUUCUCAAAAGCGAUUUAAUUUAAUCUUGCGAAAGACAUUUGGUAACGAGGUUGAAAAUCUAGAUCGAAUUAAUUUUUUUCAUUUUAAUAUAUUUAUUCAUGGAUUUUUUUUCUUCUCUUGGCACAGAACUCGUCCAGCACAAACCGCAUAAGAACAGACUAAGGAAUUUUUCAAAGAGAAUCUCGAACGCGGACGUGGAAUUUGAGAAAGAAGAACCUUGGGACUUUUUUCCUCCUCUUUUUCCACGAAAUAAGUUCGCAUUUAGAGCGUACAAGCGCCUUAACGUUUUCGCGCUCGCGCGUCUCACCACUCACCCCGAGCGCCGGUUGUGUGCGUGUCACCCACACCUUCGCGUCAUUUACACGGCCGAUCGAGCCGUUUCCACGCAAAGUGUCUUAACCCAAUUCCCUGCAACCGAUCGCGAGGGGUUGAAAGCGUCCGAUUGGCCGGCGCGCCGCCGUUUAGAGCCGACAACGCGGCCCGAUUGGCCGAGCGCCACCCCACUCCGCUCGGACCCGGCUGACUCAACAGGCCGCCACAUAACGUCAGACUGUCGAACGGCGGGCCACGUGAUCAAAUUUAUAGCGAUUUUUUAAAAUCGGCUUUUGUAUAAAAGGGCCGUCGCCCGGUACAUCCAGCACAAGCUUAUCUACUUUCGAGAAGUAAACGAGCUACUCACUCCCAACCCAAUCAACAUGUUCAAGUUGGCUGUUCUCGCCGCCAUCCUGGCCGUCGCCACCGCCGCUCCCGGCGGUCUGACCGGUAUUAUCGCCGACCAUGCAGUUGGGCCGAUCACCGCUCCCCUGGUUCUCAGCCACGCUGCGCCUCUGGCCGCCGCCCACGUGAUCGCCCAGCCCGUGGCACCCGUCAUCCGCACCGCGCCCAUCGUAACCAAAUCCGUGCUGACCGCCGCGCCCCUGCCCCUCCUCGCCGGCCAUGGCCCGUUGCAUUAGACGUGCACGUUGUUGCUACCAACCGCCGAGUCACGACGAGACAGCCCCCCACCUCAACCCUCCCUGGAAGACAAGUAGACAUAAUACACGCGCGGAGCAUGCAGGCUCCUCUCCUCCCACACCUCCCCCCCUCCAAAACCUCUAAUUCCUCCUAAAUCAUCCCCCUCAAAAAGGAAUAUAUAUAUAUAUGUGUAUGGAGAAGAAGAAAAAAGAAAAGGAAGGAUGAUAAAUUGGAAAAGCGAAGGGAAGGGAAGAUCGAUCGGCUGAGCUGCCGAGGAUGGAACUAGCUAGGGAAGAGCGAGGAGAACGAAGAACGGAACGGAGCUCGAUCUUCGCUGAUAUCUUCCUUUUUCUCGCGCAUCCGCGGGCUGGAGAAUCGAAAAUGGCGAGCCGGCCGCCCUCUUCCCCUCCCCAACGCGGCAUCUUCUUGGCGUCAUCAUUGGUCUAAUCUUGGGACAAAUUCCGCAUCGAUCGAUCGUUACGCAUCAAUCAUCCAGGCCCCCCUCCCCCAACCCCCCUUUGGUCAUAUGGAAUUUUAAUAAAAUUUUAUUUAAAAAAAAUA